CUCAUGGCAUUACAAGCUUAAUCACUUGUCACCUAGAGAACUUUAGUAUUACAAAAGCUUUGUUUUUGAGUGUUUUGAAAUACCAUAUUACACAGAAUGAAGGUCCAAGUUGAAGUCAUCUCAUCAGAGAUCAUCAAGCCAUCGUCGCCAACCCCUGACCACCUUCGAAAGUACCAACUCUCAUUCCUUGAUCAAGUGUCUCCUCCAGUUUUCAUGCCUAUGGUUCUCUUUUACCCCGCAGACGCUGAUGACAAAUUCAGCAAUGUAUACAGAUCAAACCAGUUAAAGAAGUCUCUUUCGGAGGCCAUAACCCGAUUCUAUCCGCUAGCGGGACGAGUUGUAGACAACCUCUAUAUUGACUGCACCGAGGAGGGUGUUCACUAUGUGGAAGCUCGGGUCAAUUGCCAACUUUCGGAUGUUAUUUGUGAUCCGAUUCCUAGUGAACUCAACAAGUUUCUUCCAUAUGAAUUGGAUGAUGUUAGAGAUCUUGGCCUUGUCAUCCAAGUUAGCUUCUUUGACUGUGGUGGCAUGGCGGUUGCUUUAGGCAUAUCUCACAAGGUUGCUGAUGCCUUGUCAUUUUUCAUGUUCCUCAACAGUUGGGCCGCCAUUGCUCGUGGGGAUGCUGACUUACCUUGUCCACGGUUUGAGUCAGCUACGCUCUUCCCACCUAGAGAUGUAGCUGGCUUCAAACCGAGCACUGGUAUCGUAAAAGAAAAUAUUGUAACAAAGCGAUUUGUGUUUUCUGCCUCGAAAAUAUCAGCUCUUAGAGACAAGUAUGCUGACAAUACAACCUCAGAAUAUCCAAGACGCCCAACACGGAUUGAAUCCUUAUCUGCUUUCAUUUGGAGCCGUUUUAUGGCAGCCACUGAAGUGAAAGCUGAUCCCAAUAAGAUCUAUACUGUUCUUCACGCAGUGAACCUGCGUACAAGGAUUGAUCCACCACUCCCUGAAUAUUACUUUGGGAAUAUCAGCAGGCUCGCCAUAGCAGUGCCGUCGUUAGAUAGCAAAGAAGAGUGUUAUGGCAUCUUUAACAAGAUGAGAGAAGCAAUACGUAGUGUCAAUGGAGAUUACGUGAAAAAACUUGGGGAGGGUGACAAGCACUUGAACUUUAUCAAGGACCGUGCAGAGAGAACCACCAAGGGAGAGGUGGUUUCCUUUAGCUUUACUAGUUUGUGUAGGUUCCCUUUAUAUGAAGCUGAUUUUGGAUGGGGAAAGCCUAUGUGGGUCGGUUCGGCUAGCCUUAAUUUCAAAAACCUAGUUGUUUUCUUGGACACAAGAUCUGGUGAUGGAAUAGAGGCAUGGGUUAACUUGAAGGGAGAAGACAUGGCAAAAUUUGAAGUUGACAAGGAGUUGCUAUCAUUUGUUUCCACAAGUCCUGAUGAUAAAACUUGCAAGUUUUAAACUUCAUGGAUGGCAAUCUAGAGUUUGAGUUGAAGUGUCUUAUAAUUUAGAAGUUUCUUUUGUUCAGUUGUACGAAACCUCUUUAAAGUUGGUUUGGGUGCG